AUGGCCGCCGACUCGAGUCCGCACUCAGACUACUUCUCCGACCCCUUUCGACCACCGUCACACUAUUCGUCCCGUGUCGAGAAGCGCUGGCCGUUAUCGCCUAGCCGUCCCGGCACGCCUUCGCAGAUGAAGCAGCGAUGCGACACACCAACAGAGCAGCACGACCAGCGGCGGCCCAAGGCUGUCGGGAGGCUGACUGAGCCUGCGCCAUAUACGCCAACGAAGAACCUCAUAUAUGGGCAUGGACAACAGGACGGCGCUCUGCGAUACCCGUACACUCCCGACUCUUCGCGCAUGCUCAGGCGCAGCACCGAGAUUCCAGCAUCGCCCGAAGCAUGGGACACGUAUUCAGAGCACUCUUCCUCACCCGUGCAGGAUGCGCUGUCGUCAUGUAUCGCGCAUUUCGAAAACCUGAUCCACUCGCAGCAGCCUGAUGAGGACCAGAUGGAGUUCAUAGUGCGCCAGUUCGAAGCCAUGACCUCGUACCUCUCAGCACCAGACGCGCAGUCCCGGCAAACAGACGACCAUCUCUUCUCCGAAGACGCACUCACGCCAGGCACUGGACUGGGCAUAUCAGAGCCGGAUGCGCGCAACGCCAAACUCGGCUACAUCUCGAACGAGGCGCACGACGCCUAUGUCACCCACGUCGGCACCUACAUUGCCGGCGUCAAGAAGUACAUCGAGGACCUCAAAAUGCGCCUCGACGAAGUCAAGACGCUCAACAGCAUCCAGCUCGACGUCAUCACCGACCUCCGUCGGCAAAUGAAGACUGUGCGCCGCGAUAUGCGAAGUACCCUCGACAUGCGCGACGACAUCAACAUGGUCGAGGAAGAGCUCGAGCGCAUCGCGGCAGCCGAGACCCGGCAGCCUGAAUUCGGUCUCGACAGCUGGGUCACGCUCGUCGACGAAGACCGCGGAAUCCCGCAGUUCGACGGCGCUGACGAGAAGGUUGUCACGGCACCCAAAGCAGACGUCGAGGCUCCGCCCAAGUCCCGCAGACGCGUCAUCACCAUCGUCCACAAGCCUGAGCGCCGCAGCUUCUGGGCCUCCUUUGGCUCGGCAUUGGAUUCUUUCGGCGCCCUGAUUCACGAGCAGUGAUUAUUUUCUCGUCCUCCCGAUUUUUCCCUUUGAGUACAUCGCAUUACUGGACCGAGCGUGGGAUGGGACAUAUACGGCCGCGAUUCCUGACACGACGAGAAAUGAUUUGAGAUAUCAUGUUGCAUAGCGAUGGAGUUUUUUUCUUACUUUUAAUUUCGUUUGUUAUCACGAUACCACGCUGCAUGGGAUGAGCGCGCUUUGCCGCGGGCGCUGCAUCUUCUGAUAUUGUUGCUUUUCUUUUUUCUUCAUGUAUAUACGAGAGAGGGAUGAGCAUGAGGGUCGAGGGCCUGGAGUCAAUGAAGAUAUUUUCCACU